AGAACACACCGAGCGCCCAUCACUACUGCGUUUCGAAUUUUUUAUACGCACGGGCACGGGAGAUCCGAUCUGAACAGCCAAAAACUUCCAAAAUUGUUGCACAAAAUUAUAAGUGAACGCCCCGCGCGCCCCCUCUCGGCCAGUUUGGGGACCUCGUUAAUUCGGCGGUGCCCAGGAAUACCAGAAAAGUGUCUGUGAAUCGUGAAGUUUUCCCAAUGAAGCGCUGAUUUCGGAACGACCGACAGCGACUGCAAAAACAACGCAACAGAAAAGAACGGGAUAAAGAAAACAGAUAUAAAAAUGCUAGAACCGCCGAAAUUCGUCGAGAAUGAUUGCUACGACGGUAGCCGGACCUUCACUUGGCUGGCGGAUAUGGUUGGGCUAUCGGUCGACUUGGUAAACUUUUUAAUUUGCCAAAUAUCAGCCCUUUUCCUGGCGUCUCUCUUCCGGUCCGUGCUGCAUCCUUCGAAGGUUUCCAGCAAAUUGCGCCACACAUUCGCCCUUUCGAUUGGUCUGGCCUUUGGCUACUUUUGCUUUGGUUCACAAGCAAUCCACAUUGCUGGACUGCCGGCAGUAUGUUAUAUCGUCAUCCGCACCCAAGAUCCGCGCAUUGUCCAAAGAGCCGUCCUGCUGGUGGCCAUGAGCUAUUUGCUAGGCGUGCAUCUGAUGCGCCAGCUAUACGACUAUGGAUCCUAUGCCCUAGACAUAACCGGGCCCCUAAUGAUCAUCACGCAGAAGGUGACCAGUCUGGCCUUCAGCAUUCACGAUGGCUUCGUGCGGCGAGAUGAGGAACUCACAAAGGCUCAGCAGUACCAUGCCAUUCGUAAAAUGCCCUCGGCUUUGGAGUACUUCUCCUACGUGUGGCACUUCCAGAGCAUUCUGGCUGGUCCUCUGGUCUUCUACAAGGACUACAUUGAGUUCGUGGAAGGCUACAAUUUACUGAGCAGUCCACCGGGCAACGGAAAUCUUGACAGCAGCCAGAAAGAAGUAGUGAUAGAACCAUCACCUACUAAAGCGGUCAUUCGUAAAGUGGUUGGCAGUCUUGUGUGUGCUUUCAUAUUUAUGAAGUUUGUGAAAAUAUAUCCAGUGAAAGACAUGAAGGAGGACGACUUUCUGAACAACACCAGCAUGAUAUACAAGUACUGGUAUGCCAUGAUGGCUACCACCUGCAUACGCUUUAAGUAUUAUCACGCCUGGCUCCUGGCGGAUGCUAUAUGUAACAACUCAGGCUUAGGUUUCACUGGCUACGAUAAGGAUGGUGAUUCCAAAUGGGAUCUGAUAUCGAAUAUCAAUGUGUUGUCGUUCGAGUUCUCAACGAACAUGCGCGAUGCCAUCAAUAACUGGAACUGCGGCACCAACCGCUGGCUGCGAACGCUUGUCUAUGAACGGGUGCCCAAGCAGUACGGCACGCUCCUUACGUUCGCCCUUAGCGCCGUCUGGCACGGCUUCUAUCCGGGCUACUACCUGACCUUUGCCACCGGCGCCGUCGUUGUAACGGCAGCGCGCACCGGCCGGCGACUCUUCCGUCAUCGCUUCCAGAGCACGCAGGUCACGCGAAUGUUCUACGACAUCCUCACCUGCCUGAUUACACGCGUCGUACUGGGCUACGCCACAUUCCCAUUCGUUCUGCUUGAAUUUAUGGGCAGCAUCAAAUUGUACCUGAGAUUUUAUUUGUGCCUUCACAUCAUUUCACUAGUGACCAUAUUUAUUUUACCCAAGUUUAUACGCGGCGAACGCCGCACCACGAAUGGCAGCGGAAACGUACGGCUGGCCGGCAGCGGAAAUGUCAAGGAUGUGGUGACCACUAAUGGGGAGUCUACAGCAGCCUUGACCGCUGGCAAUGAUCUCAACGAUGAUAGGGAGGAGGAUAAGCACGCUCAAUGUAAAGUCAACACGCCCAUACACCAGCAGCCAGCUGCUGCUCUACACAACACAACCGAACAACAACCAACUGAGCAACCGAACAAUGUAAACCUUCGACCACGCCCACAGCAGCAGCAGACACAUUUGGAGAAGAAGCCGAUGACCAGGUGCGCUCGAGACGCGGUUAGCGUGCCCCAUGACCAGUGUGAAAUGGACCAGCUGUCUAGCAAAUUAAAGGAGAAGAUCGAGGCCGAGACCAAAAACAUUGAGGAAUUUAUUGAUAAGACUGUAACCGAGACCGUCAGCGGCAUUGUAGAGUUCAAAAAGGAUCUGAUGCGGGAUAUUGAGUUUCCCAAGUUGAAGCUGCCUGGCAGCAACGGCGGCAUUCCAUUGGACUCGACAACUGGCGGCGGUCUUCGCAAACGCAACAUAUCCUCUGUCCAUGACAAUGGCACAGAUCCUGGUAAUGCUCCCGCUGACCUCCAUCAUCCACUCGAGGAGAACGGCGCUGCCUUUCUGAAGAAGGAAAUCGAAGUUAUCAAUGCGGUAGUCCAGCAGGCGGUGCCGGCAGUGCUUAGCAAUGGUCAUGCAAAAUAGUAGCAUAGACCAGCAAGUGUGAGGAGAGCGAACAAAGGAACAACGAUGACGAAGGUGCCACGGCAGGGAUUGGAGGAGGUCAGGGGCCAAAAUGGGUGCUGCACAUUUGAUUGAUUGAUUAAUAGAUAAAUUAAACCGAGAGAUUUAUCCAGCACGCACACGAUAAACGCACAGAACACACUCACACACAGAUCCAGACACUUUUGGUUUCGAUUUAAAUCGAGUGUUUUUCUUUAGAUAGUCCUGAAGUACACAGAUUGUUUAAACUAAAUUAAGUGUUUAAGGCGGCGGAUUAGCCAAAUAAUAAAUAAUAUACAGUUUUAUAUUCGGUAUAUUCAUGAGCAGCCAAAACCUUUGUUCAAAUUAACUAAAUAUGCACCAAAACUCUAAUUGUUGUUAAAAAGAAAUCUAUGUACGUUUGUAGAUGUUUGUUUGUUAAGAUCCCAUGGCCAACAACGAACAGUGUGUUUCAAAGCGAAUACCUCUACACAUAUCCACAAGCAAAUUGUAAAACGUUUAACAAGAAUAGCAACAAAUCUAUUAAUAAUAUAAAGCAGCCGACUGAAUGUAAACCAAUACUUUUUAAUACUAGUUGUUUUCAACACACUUACUACCAGUAGAUUUGAAAUGCACUGUUUGACUCGCGCCUUUUAAUCGAAAACUAAUCCAUAUAUAUGUAUGUAAACCUACAUAUGUUAAAAUAUUUUCCAUAUAGUCUAUGUACGAACAAUUAAACCAAUUUUCCAACAUCAGUACUAAUGUAGUUCAAAUCCCGCCCAAAAGAACGAUAACAAAUCGUCAGUGCAACGUGACAUGUAGAACCAAUGAAAUCCUCUUCAAGCAAGCAAAAAAAAAUGCGAAAACAAAAGUCAACCAAAUCUUAACUUUAGACUGAAGCUAUUGACAAGUACUAAGCAACAAAAAAAUAAGCAAAAAGCCAAGCAAAUCGUGCGUAGUUAAAGUUAGUUAGUAAGCCGUCAAGUUGUUUUUGAUAUUCAAUUUAAACCAAGUUUUGUACAACUGCGUGAGUGUGUAUGGAACGGAGUGUCCAGCUUGCUUCCACUAUAUAUAUAUGUAUAUCCUUUCCAAAUCGGCAUUUUAGCUGGUCCACCUCUUUUUUGUAAAUGUUCGUGUCCUCCACUUGUGGCUUCCUACUCCGUAGCUAUUAAGCAUGCUCUUUAUAUAACCUUUUUUGUUUUACCCAUUAUUUUGUUUUAAAUCCAAUAAACAUUUUUGCCACAAAUCCUCAUAUAUAAACGAUAUAUUUUUAUAUUUAUUGUAACACCAGAACAGAAACAAAAAACACUAACCGUAAGCCUAGUCUUGGGUGCACAUUUGAUUCGAUUGUCGUGGAUGUUUUCUGGUAAAAUUCUGGAAUAAAUCUCGACAGGCACAAAGCAUUAAGGUGUUAUGCAGUCCAAUUGCAACUGAUAUACAAAACCAAUUUGAGCAUUGAUAUUCGACAAAUAAAUUGUAUAUGUGUACUUUA